GAUCAAAUUUAACAGUAGAAGAAACAUUUUAUUUGUAACAAUUUUUUCAUCAAAGUAUAUCAAAACGGAUAACCAAUUAGGAAUCGACAUGAAACCGCAAGUCGUAGAUGAAAUGUUCCCCGAGGGAGCAGGUUUUAUGGAUUUGGACGAGGCUGGUGGUUCAUCAGGACUAUUAGAUUUAGCAGCAAAUGAGAAACAUGUUCAUGCAGAUUUUUAUAAUGAUUUUGAAGACAUAUUCGAUGAAGAUGAAGAAGUAGAACAAGGUAACAAUAGCAAUAAUUCAGGUGUUGGAUCAAAUAAUCCACAAUAAAAAGAGCAGUUCAAAAAUUUUGUUUAUAAUUAUUUUCAAUUAUUAAAACUUGUUAGUGAAUAAAAACACAAAUGUGUAUGUGCGUACAUAUGUAUGUAAUUGAUAAAAAAAAUGAAUAAAUAUUUUACAUAACUUAA